GUCUACCAAGUGGGGUGGGAAGCAGAAUUGGCAGUACCAAGCCAUGCAGGUGAGGCAGCAGACCUUCAAACAGGUGAAGCCGCACGCGUACAGAACUAGUUUAGCGCCACGGUUCUACGGGAACAAUUCCUUCACGGAACAAGCGAUUAGAAAUGAGCAGGAGAUACAAGGACUGGCGAAUUAUGCCACUGGUGCUGGAACCAUGCAAGUUUCUGCUGGGC